AUGAGAGGUGUGCGCACGAAUACCCUCAUAUUGGAGGGCUAUCCGGGCACUGGCAAGACCCACACUUUGGCCAUCACUGUCAUCGUAUUAAUGCUCAUCGGCACGCGAGUCAUCAUCACCAGCCAGUCCAACAACGGCGUGCAGGCUCUCUUCGAGAAGAUCCUAGCACUCAUCCAGACAUAUCCCGAACUACAGCACUUGCAAGACCAAGUCGUACAGCUCCGCAGUGAGCGAGACGAGCAAACCUACGCUCAAUAUGAGCAGUCCGGCGACUUGCGUCGAUCAGUCAAGUUUGCGGCCGCAAACUUCUGGAUGUCUGGAAGGAUAGCAACUUACUGCAAGAGCCAUCCAGACGAACCGGUGGUUCUGCAGUACCACGCACACAUCAAGGCGCGGAGAGCGGGCAAAGAGGAUGAUUCACUGCCGCCAUGGAGCAAGGUCCUGAACAUACUGCGAGGCAUGGUGUUUGAUGCGUCUUUGUUGGUCGCAUGCACCACGUACGUCGCGGGCGGCCUGAACCCCAAAGGCCACACGCAGUUCAAGGCGAAUGCUAUCUUCCUUGACGAAGCUGGUCAAGCAGUGGAAGCUGACAUGCUCAUGGCUGUCAUACCUCACAUUGGCAAGUUGCACCUCCUCGUGCUGUGCGGAGAUGUGCAACAACUUGGACCUGUUGCGAAGUCAGAGGAUCACAAUCCCCUGUACCGAAUCCUCGCAACGUCGACAUUGAAGCGGCUCUUGGAUGGCUGGCCACAGAUCACGCGGGUACCUCUUACGUACAACUACCGCGGCCACCCAUCGACCUACGCCAUGUCAAACUGCGUCUUCUACGGAGGUAUCAUGAAGCCAGGACAUCCCGUCAGCCACUGGGACACGGAACUCGCUCAGACGAUUACCCGCAUUCUCAAGCAGAAGGUCACCAGGGCCACACGAUAUCCCCUGCAGGCGCUCGACGCCAACAACCGACAGCUCUUCCUGAACGUCGACUCUCCGUCCGAGCGAGAAGUACACGGCACGUCCUACUUCAACCAGGGUGGCAUUCUCGCGGUGGAGGGUCUGGUCAAGAUGCUGCACGAAGGAGGCAUUGCCCUCAAAGACAUCGGCAUCAUCACGAUGUACAAGGAAGAUCUCCGUCUGCUUGUACAGCAGUUGCGUUUGAACGGAUUCGACGAUGUCGAGGUCGGCAAGGUGGACUUGGGAUAUGGCGUUCGUGUCGCCACGGUGGACUCUUUCCAGGGAAAGGAAAAGCCGGUCAUGAUCGUGCAUUUUGUGGCUGCCCACAAAUACGGAUUAGGCGGCGAUCCGUUCGGGUUCGUGAAGCAGCAGUUGCGGCUCAACGUCGCGACGACGCGAUCUCAAGAGUUCCAAUUCCUCGUCGGGAACAUGAGUUGUUGGCAGCCGUGGAGGGCCUCGCGCACAACCGACGAUUGCAAGCACAUGGCCCAUGUCAUCGACUGGAUCAUCAACAGCCAUCAGAUGGUGGAUUGGAGCACGGUAGAGGGACUUUUGGAUGAUGACAAGGUCAAAUGGGUGGAUGAGAAGUCGUCCUGA